CUAUUCAUACUCGCACAAGUCAAAAUGGAGGAUCUAAACUUCGAAGAAAGAGGAAGCACCCAGAUACCAGCCUCCUUGCAACAACACUUCAGUGCAAAGCUAGGCAGACAAAAUGAACUUGAAAAGACACCUUCUCGUGGCGGUUUGGGGCUGGUUGUAAACUCGUCAAAAACUCCUGGCGGAAAAUCGCUUCAGAGCUUGGCAUCGGCUUGUAAAGUGCCACCUUCAACCAAGAAGAACACUAUUCCAAUUGCUUUUGAAUGUUAUGAAGAUGAGACAGAUGAUCAGAUUGCCGAUGUGGCCACCAUUAAAAAGACCGAAAAACAUCCAUGCUCUCCAAUCGACACUGCAAACCGAUGUGAAACAUUCGAUUCGCUAGCUGCUGACAUUGAGGACGAUAUGCUUAAUUUGGAAGAUCAAGACGUCGUACUUUCUGAAGAUCGGCCAUAUGGAGACGUUAUCGAUCCGGCAGAGUCUGAAGCAGAAGCUCUUGCUGAAUUGGGAGUCGAGGAAUGGGACUCAUAUCCACCAAUUGAUCCAGCUUCAAGAAUUGGCGACGAUUUCAAUUAUGUGCUCAGAACAGAGGAUUUCGCGGAAGAAGGUGAUGUGAAACUCGAAGAAACUCGCCAUCGGACUGUUAUUGCUGAUAUUGAUGAAGUGAAAAUGAGUAAGGCUGAAAGAAAUGAACUCUUUUCGAUGCUUGCGGACGAUUUGGAUAGUUACGACCUCCUCGCCGAAGAAGCCAACCUUCCCCUGUGAUUUCCCACGACGUCAGCCUCUUCUACCUGUUUUACAUAUAUUGGCGAAAUCACCCUCGCCCCACAAUCAUUCCCCCCACUGGUAAUUUUCUAUGUCCAUUCUCUGAACAAUGAAACGGUAUAUCAA